AGUUGUUGGAUCCAGAAGGGACGACUACUCACCGCCCGCGCCCACCGCCCGCACUCCACCAUGUUUGUGGACUGGAUGAUGGCCGUUCUGCGCUUCGCCGCCGUAGCAAGCGUGUGCCCGCGUAUCGUGCCCCGCGACGAGUGGGGCGCCAGGCCGCCCAAGGCGGUGCUCGAGAUGCACAACCCCGUGAGCACGGUGGUCAUCCACCACACCUACUCGCCGAGCUACUGCGCCAGCGCCGCCGCCUGCGAGGAGGCCAUGCGCAGCAUGCAGACGUUCCACCAGAACGACAGGGGCUGGGACGACAUUGGCUACAGCUUCGCGGUCGGCGGUGACGGCCGCGUGUACAAGGGCCGCGGCUGGAACCGCGUGGGCGCGCACGCGCCGCCCUACAACCAGGACAGCAUUGGCAUCACCCUCAUCGGCGACUGGACAGCCCAGGCGCCCCCGAAGGAGAUGCUGGACGCGGUCUCGUGGCUGAUCCGCUGCGGCGUGGACACGGGCCGCAUCGCUCCGGACUACCAGCUCAUCGGGCACCGGCAGGCGCGCGACACGGCCUGCCCCGGCGACGGGCUGUUCGCCGUCGUGCGCACCAUGCCCCGCUGGACGGCCACGCCCGCCCCGCCCAAGCACCACGGCCUGAGCGCGGCCGCGCCCGCCGCGCCGGCCCUCGACCACCUGUCGUCCGACCUGCCGAUCCCGGCCGCGGCGGUCCCCGAGGCCCCGGCCGCCGCCACCGCCGCCGCCGCCCCCGUCGUCCUGGAGGUGUCCGCCACGCCGUCGCCGGCCGCCCGCGCGGGCACGUACGACCCCUCGACGCCCGUGGCCUCGCGCGACGCCGUCGAGGUGCGGCAACUCAACAAGCGGGCGUCGCUGCGCGCUGGCUCGCUCUGGGACCGCCUCGUGCUCAUCUGGGAGCACGAGGCCGCGCGCCAGGAGAGCGAGGCCGCCGCCGCGGCCAGCCAGGACGCCGUCGUGGUCUCGUGACCUCGCCGUUCCUCGCGUCGUCGUCGUCGACGUGCCUGACUGACUCGUGCACGAGCCGCCGCGGGCCUGCGGGUCGGGUCCGGGCGCCUUGUCGUGUAAUCAAAUCGCAACGCCUGCUGGAACGUCCUGGAAAGUUUCCUUAAAAUUCCCGGAAAAGUAGAAAAAUUUUCGCAGAUCCCGGAUCGUUUUAUCCGGAGACUUUCCUUAUUUUUCUUGAAAUUCUCCGGAAAUUUUUGGAAGUUUCCAGUCCUAUUUCGGCGGCUGUAUUUACUCAGCUGGUCGCUUCCUUGAAGCUUCCUUUUUCGAUGAAAAACCCAUACCUCCAGUGGGUUGCAAAUCAUCGUCUGCGUGUUUGUGAGAGAAGCUUCCUUGAGCUUGGUGCGUAUGUGUGUGUGUGUAUGUCUGUGUGUGUUUCCCUUCAUUAUAUUGGGUGACGACUCCUGUCCAGGAUGGCGUGGCGGUGGCGCGGGUGCGUCUUCGCUUAAACGCUCGAGUCCAUCAGCAGUAUGGUUCUCGGAAUGUGGCGUGUGGGGUUGGUCACGAGGCGUCGUUUAUGACCAUUCUCUGUUCUCAGAUAAGAAGAGAUGUCUUUGCUAUCGUUAUAAUCACUGCACCACUCAAACACUCGAGGAGUGUUUCGUCAGUCAUUUGUGUCGUGAACGAGCGAUUAUUGGCUCGCCCAACGUACCAGAGUACUGAGGGGAUGUGACUCUCGUAGAAAAAUGGAAAAGUAACCGACGCAAAAUCGGAAGUAUACUUAACUAAACCGUGUUUAUUGAACUCGAAAAGUUAGUACCAAUUUUGUAACGAUUUGAAAAUGAAAAAAUUAUGAAGUUUUGUUGCAUUUAGCUCACAGUUUUCACUUUAAUUGCACGUUGGGACGCCUCGUGACACUCAAUCUUAUCUUCUCUUCUGCCAUAUCACCUAUAAACGAAACCUUUGAAUGAAAUUGUAUUUAUUUUAUUUUGGCCCCGAUGGGCAUCGAUGUGUGAUGAUUAAUUUUAAAACGGGAAUAGUUUAUGUAUUCUUUGUUGGUAUUUUAAAAUCACAAUUAGACGAGUAUUUGUAAAAAGGCGU